AUGGACCACUUCCUCUCUGUUUGCCCCACCACACUCACCGUUGACCUCCUUGAGGAGCGCCUCCUGGCAGCAGAGAAGAGUAUAGUCGCUGUAGGAGCCUCUCGUGGUGACCCUCGUACCCCCUUCUUUGAGGGGUGCUCCCCCUCCCCCCUCUUGCCCUCUGUUGCCUCUGCUGCUGCGGCCGACCUCGUUGGCCUCGAGUCGGUCGGAGCUGCGUCUGCCCCUAGCGGGAGACGCCGCACCGGCAAAGGCAAAGGGGGCAAGUGUGCUGGAGGAGCUGGCGGGGGCAGUGGAGGUGGCGGUGGAGGCGGUGGAGGGGGUGGGGGUGGUGGUGGGAGUGGUGGCGGGGGUGGAGGCGUCGGUGGCGGUGGGAGCGGAGGCGGCGGAGGUGGCGGUGGGAUCUCGGGCGUGUGUCCCAGGUAG